AUGAAAAAGAGUGAAAUAAUACGUUUAAUUGAGGAGAGUGAUGUGUACAAAAAUGACAACGAAGUUGUUAAAGAUGCUGUAGAUCAAAUAAUAAGGAAUAAAAACCAAAAAUCCGAUCAGGAUAGUGAAAUAGAACUAGAGCGUCUUAGAUUAGAGAGAGCUAAAAUAGAAUUACAAUUAGCGCAAUUACGGGCUACUGAUAAUAGUACUCAGGCUUCCGUUAAUGUAGAGAGUAAAACCGAACCAGAAGAGUCUCUGGAUAGCUUAUUAAAGUCUGUGAGAAUAUUGUGUAUUAAACCACCGAGCAAAGCUCAGGAUUGGGGUUUCUUUUUUACUUCGUUAGAGAGAGCACUUAAUACUAAAAAGGUUCCUGAGAAAUAUAAAGCGGAGAUUUUAUUAAAUUUAUUAGGAGAAAGAGCUUCUAAUAUCCUAACUUAUAUUGCUGAGAAAGAUUUAAAUAAUUAUGAAGAAAUUAAAUCAAUUGUACUAAGAGAAUUCGAGCCAACAGCGCAAGCGGUUUUAGAGAAUUUUAGAUACGCUUCUAGAGAUAAUGAAACUCAUGUGCAAUUCGCGUCACGAUUAAUGACGAGUUUUGAAUAUUAUUUAAAAUUAAGGGGUGUUAAAGAUUUGGAGACCCUAAAACAAUUGAUGGUUUCGGAUAAAUUAUUCCAAACGCUGGAUAAAGAAACAGCAACUCAUAUUAAUAUUAGGCAAAAUCAAAAGUGGUUUACACCUCUCGAGUUAGGAAAAGAAUGUGAUCUUUAUUUUGCUUCCAAAGGAGGUAGCGUUUCGAGUUCAGUUAAAUUAAAUUCUAACUAUUGCGGUUUAAUAUGUGGAGCAGAAGAAUUAAAUUCAAACUUGAGAAAAUUUUGGGAGAUUGAGGAAAUGGGUAAUGAAUUACCCAAAAGUAAAGAGAAUGCUAUUUGUGAGGAGCAUUAUGCGCGAACACAUAGAAGAGAUGAGAGAGGAAAAUAUACUGUGGCGAUGCCAUUUAAAGAGCAUUGGUCAUGUCUAGGGAAUUCAAAAGAUAUUGCUCUGAAACGACUCGAAUCGCUGUGGACUCGCCUGUCUAGAGACCAAAAAUAUCUGAAACUGUAUUCUGAUUUUCUGAAGGAGUAUGAGGAGUUAGGCCACAUGAGCGAGAUACAAGAUGAAAGUGUUGAACCUGAAGUGACAUAUUAUAUGCCUCAUCAUGGCAUCUAUAGGCCUCAAAAAACGACGACUAAACUACGUACUGUGUUUAAUGCGUCCACCUUGACUAGUAGUGGAAAAUCGCUCAACUCAAUUCAGUAUAACGGCGGAGUGAUUCAGGACGAUAUAUUUACAUUGCUAAUUAGAUUCAGAAAACAUAUAUUUGCAUUUACUGCAGAUAUUCGUCAGAUGUAUCGUAUGAUCAAUAUAGAUGAGAGUCAAAGAAAUCUACAAAGAAUUUUAUGGAAAGAGGGAGCUAAUGAGCCCGUUAAAACGUAUCAGCUAAAUACGGUUACCUACGGAACGGUUAGUGCUCCAUAUCUAGCCAUGAGAACAUUUAAGCAAAUUUCCAUUGACGAGGGAAAAAACUUUCCAAGUGCUGCAUCAGUCUUGUGCCAUGAUUUUUAUAUGGACGAUGUUUUAAGUGGAGCGAGUACAUUGGAAGAGACAAAAACUUUGCAACAUGAACUUGUUGGCAUUCUAAAAACUGCCCAGAUGUCAUUACACAAGUGGUGUGGAAAUACGUCCGAGCUUAUUCCUGCUACUGAGAAAGAGUAUGAGCUCUCAUCUACAGAUGAAAUUAAGACUUUAGGGAUUGCCUGGAAGGCUAAAACUGACUGCUUUACCUUUAAAGUAGAUUUACAGCAUAAUGCCCAUCCUACCAAAAGGUCGGUCUUAUCCAUUAUCGCCCGACUUUUUGAUCCACUUGGGUUACUUGGGCCAGUGAUCACGAAGGCAAAAAUAUUCAUGCAACAAUUGUGGUUGCUCAAGAUCGAUUGGGGUGAAAUGCUUCCCGAGAAAGAAGCUAGUGAAUGGCAAGAGUUUGCAACAUCUUUAAGAAACUUAAAUGACAUUAACAUAGAACGAUGUAUUGUCAUUCCAAACGCGGAAGUGAAUGAGCUUCAUGGAUUCUGUGACGCGUCUGAAAAGGCAUAUGGCGCUGCAAUCUACGCCAGAACAGUCGAUUCAGCGGGUGAAGUGAAAGUGAAGCUAAUCGCGAGUAAAUCUCGUGUGUCACCAAUCAAGCAGGUAACUAUACCUCGUUUAGAAUUAUGCAGUGCCGUUCUGCUUACCAAAUUGAUGCAGAAGGUAAAAAAUGCAUUAAAAAUGGAUAUUACGUCAGUAUCGUAUUAUUCGGACUCUACAAUCGUGCUUUCGUGGAUGAGAAAAGAGUCACGAGACUUAAAAACAUUUGUUGCGAACAGAGUGGCUACUAUUCAAGAAUCCACAGAAAUGAAUCAGUGGCAUCACGUUCCUUCCGAACAAAAUCCCGCUGACGUCAUCUCAAGAGGACUUGAUCCAACGAGAAUGCAACAAAGUGACUUAUGGUGGUUUGGUCCAACCUUUCUCCAAGAACUGGUUGUGAAUUUUCCUGGUGAUUGCGACGACAUCCACUAUCCAUUGGACAGUUCUGUGCAGAACAGGGACGUUUCUUCUGAGAAACUUUAUUUAGCAGAACUCAAAACUCCGACUAAUUUCUGUUUAAUUUCAGCUGUGGACUCAUCAUUUUUAGAUAAUAUACUUAGUCCUUUAACCACCAAGGAACUGCAGUUGGCCAAGUUAACUUUAGUCAAACUUGUUCAGGUAGCUGCCUUUAAUUGUGAAAUAAAAGCCCUCAAAAAAGGUGAAAAUGUUAAUAAGAGUGAGAAUCACAAAUUCACUUUGUUAAUUAUGCAAUAUUUUCAUCUUAAAUAUUUGCAUGUUGGUGCACAAACAUUGUUGUAUUUGGUAAGACAGGAAUAUUGGCCAUUAUCUGGCAGAAAUACAGCCAGAAAAAUUAUUCAUGAUUGUGUCAUUUGUGCUAAAACUAAACCUAGAACUGUAACCCAAAUUAUGGGAAAUCUCCCAACCAAUAGAGUUAAACCUAGUUAUCCUUUUACUCAUGUUGGGAUAGACUUUUGUGGACCUUUCUAUAUUAAAUACAAGGGUCAGAGGAAAGGCAAUUAUCAAAAAUGCUAUGUGGCUGUUUUCAUUUGCUUUGCUACUAAGGCAAUCCACUUGGAAAUAGUCACUGACUUAACUGCAGAGGCAAUGAUUGCCACUUUAAAGCGCUUUUUUAGCAGAAGAGGUGUUAGUUCCUCUAUCUGUUCUGAUAAUGCAACUAAUUUCAAAGGGGCCAAUUCAGAGUUGAAACGUUUGCAAAAUAUGAUUGGUAGACCCCCAGAGCCAUUAGCUAAUUACUUAACAACUGAACAAGUGACAUGGAAAUUUAUUCCACCAAGGUCACCUAACUUCGGUGGCUUAUGGGAGGCGGGUGUUAAAUCUUUCAAACACCAUUUAAAGAGAGUUGUUGGUAAUGCACGUUUAACAAUGGAACAGUUUUUGACUAUUGUUAUUCAAAUUGAAGGUAUUCUAAACAGUCGCCCACUGACACCUUUGUCAUCAGAUCCAAACAAUUUUGAAAUUUUGACCCCAGGCCAUUUUUUAAUCGGCUGUCCCAUAAAUUGUAUUCCUGAUCCAGAUUAUUCAGAGAGAAAAGAUAAUCUUUUAUCUCAAUGGCAAAGAUUGAGCAAAAUGGUCCAAACAAUUUGGAAAAAAUGGAAAUUAGAUUACUUAAAUAAUUUGCAAGCCAGACACAAAUGGCAGUUUGAGAAACAAAACCUCUCAAAGGAUUCUAUGGUUCUUUUAAAAGAUGAUAAUCUUCCCCCUUGCCAGUGGACAAUGGGAAGAAUACAAGAUUUAAUUUAUGGAUCAGACGGCAAAGGGGGCGGAAUGUUGACGCCAGUAAGUCAGCAGAACGCUCCGCCUACUAAUUUUGUAGCGCCACCAAGUGGUGAAAUCAUAUAA